AUGAGCUGCUUGGAGCGAGCGCUUCCAACAGGACUGACAACUAACGUCCUGACAGAAGCAGGCGUGUGGACCAGCCACUCACAGGAGAAGGCACGUGAGGAGAUGACGGGCCUGUGGCCCCCUCGAGCCCAGGGGAGAGGCCUGGGACAGAACCUCCCCUCACGACCGUCAGAGAAAACCAACCUGCUGACACCUCCAUCUCAGACUCGUGGCCCCCAGGCCCGUGAGAGACUCCAUUGCUGCUGUCGAAGCCGCCUCGUUUGUGGCAUUUUAACACAGCGGCCCCAACAAGUGCACCCACCGGGUUACGGGCAGGCUCCAAGCUGCGCUAGAGAGUCUCCUGCAGCAAUACAGACGUGGCUCGGGAAGGUGUACCUGUCAAGAGACGUGGGCUCCAAGAUUAGAGCCGACCCUGGCCAACGGGAGGAGGGGCAGGUGACAUUCACGGAGCUGAGGGCGGUGGGACGUGUCCUGGCGUCUGCACGCGGAGCCGAGCAGGCGGUGGAGCACUUGGCAGAGGAGCAGGGAAGGGAAACAAGAGCGGAGGAGGGAGAAGCCUGCAGGCCUGGGUUCUGGACAGAGACGUAG